AUGACGCGGCUGCUGGAAAACCGGGAGCAGAAACAGUGGAAAGUCUCACUUCUAGGAAAGGACGUGAAGAUACGUGAGCAGACCGAAAAACUGGCCAAGUUUCUCCUCUGGGCCGAUCCAGUUGUGAAGAACGCUGUUAGUACUCAACCAUACGCAGCGUUGGCAUGGGCUGGUGUUUCGUUGCUUUUACCGUUACUCUCAGGCAGUACUACCGCCAACUUGGCGAUGCUGAAAGGCUUCGAUUCAAUUGACAAUGUUCAGAUCUACUGGGAUAUCUGCGAGAAGAGAUACCUGCAGUCCGAGCAUAUGAAGGAAUAUCGAGAUCUCAUCAAACCUCUUGCUACGCUCUACUCCUUUAUCAUCGAAUACCAAGCACGUGCUAUCUGUCAUCUAUCUGAAACCCAAAUUUCCCGUGCAUGGAAAAAUAUAGCGGGCGAAAAUGAUUGGGAUGGAAUGAAAUCAAAAAUCGAGCGAUCAAGCGAGGAUUGUAGCUCAUAUCUCCCUCAUCUCGAAUUGGGGGAGAUUCGCAAUCACCGAGAUCGUCAGCUGAAGGAGAUUAAAGAGUCUCGAAGUAUUCUUGAUGAGAUUUGCAAUGUCUUAAAAGAGGACACGAGUCGGAAUCAGAAGAAUUAUGAAGACCGGAACGAGCGAAGGCUUCUUGAAACACUUGCGUCCGACUAUGAAGAUGACAAGAAUUACAACCCACUGAGAGUUCCAGGCACAUGUGAAUGGUUCUUUGAGGGUAACGACUUUCGAAACUGGCGCGACAGCGAUACUUCUAGUCUUCUGUGGAUUUCCGCUGGCCCGGGUUGUGGAAAAUCGGUAUUGUCGCGGACUCUUAUCGAUGAGAACCGGCUUUCAACAAAUAUCACGACAUCGAGAAUCUGCUAUUUCUUCUUCAAGGAUGGAGACGAGCGCCGCGUGUCAGCCACCGAUGCUUUGUGCGCAUUGCUUCACCAGCUUUUCACGCACGAUCCGACGGGCACGCUCAUUCAAGAUGCAGUCACCAGUCAUAAAAAUCACGGUGGAAAUCUAGCACGUAAUUUCUCCGAACUGUGGCGUCUUUUUAUCCAAUGUGUCGGCUCCCCAGAGCUUGGGGAGGUUGUCUGUGUCCUGGAUGCUCUGGAUGAAUGUAAGAGUGACAGCAUGCGGCAAUUUCUCGGCAACCUGAAGGAGUUCUACUCCAACCCCCAACCUCUAUCCGCAACGUCAAAACUCAAGUUACUGUUCACCAGUCGCCCUUACGAUAACUUGGAGGUAUCGUUUCAUGAUUUCCCUGAUACAACUGCCCUUUUGCAUUUUGACGGAGAUGACAAGUCUGCCGAAAUCAGUAAAGAUAUAGAUCUGGUCAUCGAUGCCAAACUACAAAAGGUCACCCGAAAUUUUAAGGAGAGAGACCGUCAAAUGAUUGCGAAGGAGAUUAAGGACAAGAAGAACCGCACUUACCUCUGGCUACACCUCACGUUCGAUAUCAUUGAGCAGAGCCCAAGUGAAUAUAGUCGACGAUCCGAUAUCAAAGGACUCCUCUCCGUGCUACCCUCAGAGGUCUCAGACGCAUACGAAAAGAUUCUAGACCGGAGCAAGAACGAGCUUCACACAAAGACCCUUCUUGAGAUUGUUUUGGCCGCAACACGACCUCUAUCGCUUGAUGAAGCCAACAUAGCCCUGACGAUGGCUUUGGGAAAGGACGGCUUCGAGUCUCACGACGAUCUAGAAGCGGAUUUAUGGGCACCAGAAGACUUCAAAAGCGUGGUGAAAAAUCUUUGCGGUCUCUUUAUCAAUGUGUUCGAUUCGAAGUUGUUUUUUAUUCAUUUGACCGCGAGGGAGUUUCUCACUGAUCGACUUCCGAGUGGAAAGUGGAAGGGACGGCUGAAUAUGACACAGUCACACGCGACGAUGGCGGUGCUUUGUCUAUCAUACCUGCCGCAUAUAGAUUGGAAAGGAUCAGCAGAAGAAACCCGGGAGGAGUUUCUAUUGGCUGAGUACUCAGCCCGGCAUUGGAUAGACCAUUGCCGGCCUGCCGAAACCGAGGACAAAGUGCUGGAAAGCGUGUUGAGAUUUUUCCUUGAACAAAGUGAAGUGUACACAAUUUGGUUGAACCUAUUUGACCCGGAUAAACCUCGGAGAGAGGAGCCGCUGGAUUAUCGAGACUACAAAAUCGGGACUCCACUAUAUUAUUCAUCGCUCCUCGGUCUCCAACGGAUAGCAGAAGUCCUAUUGGCUGAGGGCGCGGACGUCAACGCGCCGGGCGGCAAGCGUGGAAAUGCACUCAAUGGUGCUUUGGAUAAAGGCCAGGAAGGGAUUGCGCAUCUACUAUUAGCCAACGGGGCAGACAUCCACGUGCCGGCUGACGAGUUUCAUGGAACAGCACUCCAGUAUGCUUCUCUUGAAGGCGCCAGAGGGAUUGUGGAGCUACUGUUAGCCAAGAAUGUGGAUGUCAACGCGCUAGGUAGUCCUCUAAACGCACUCCAGUGUGCUUCAGUUGGAGGCCAGGUAGAUGUUGCAGAGCUACUAUUAGCCAAGGGCGCAGAAAUCAACACGCCGAGCGAGUAUGGAACUGCACUCCGUUUAGCUUCACUUAGAGGUCACGAAGGGGUUGUGCGGUUACUCUUAGCUAACGGCGCGGACGUCAACGCGCCGAGCGGCGAAUGGGACUCGGAACUCGAUAAGGGGAGCGACUAUGGGACUGCACUCGAGGAUGCUUCAUGUACAGGGGAUGAAGGGAUUGUGCAGCUACUAUUAGCAAAUGGCGCGGACAUCAACGCGCCUUUCGGGCCGCAUGGAACUGCCCUCCAGCAGGCUUCGGCCAACGGCCACGAAGGGCUUGUGCAGCUACUCUUGGCUAAUGGUGCAGAUAUUGAAGCGCCGGGCCCCGAUUAUUAUGGAAAUGCACUCCAGCAAGCUUCACAUGCAGGCCAGGAAGGGAUUGUGCAGCUACUGCUAGCCAAGGGCGCGGACGUCAACGCGCCUUUCGGGCCGUAUGGAACUGCACUCCAGCGUGCUUCAGGUGCCGGCCAUGAAGGGAUUGUACAGCUACUAUCAGAAAAAGGGGCGGAAAUCAACGCGCCGGGCGGCGAUUAUAAUGGAACCGCACUCCAGGCCGCUUCGGCUGGGGGUCAUGAAAGGAUUGUGCACCUACUAUUGGCUAAUGGUGCGGAUGUCAACGCCCCGGGUCCCGCGUUUAAUGCAACUGCACUACAUCGUGCCUCUGCUGGAGGUCACGAAGAGGUUGUACAUCUACUCAUAGCUAAAGGGGCGGACAUCAACGCAUCGGGCACCACCAGGUAUUCUGAAACUGCACUCCAGCGUGCUUCAGCUGAUGGCCAUGAAGGGGUUAUACAGCUACUAUUAGCCAAUGGUGCGGACGUCAACGCGCCGGGCGAGGGUGGAACUCCACUUCAGAUUGCUUCAAGAGCAGGCCACGAGGAGAUUGUACAGCUGUUAUUAGCCAAUGGCGCAGAUAUUAACGCGCCGGGCGGCGAAUUGGAGGGAACCGCACUCCAGGCCGCUUCGGCUAUGGGCCAUGAAAGGGUUGUCCAGCUACUAUUAGCCAAUGGUGCGGAUACCAACGCGCCGGGCGGCGAGUAUCAUGGAACUGCACUUCAGCGUGCCUCGGCUGAAGGUCACGAAAGGAUUGUCCAGCUACUAUUGGUCAAUGGAGCAGAUAUUAACGCGCCGGGCGGCGAGUAUUAUGGAACUGCACUUCAGCGUGCCUCGGCGAAUGGCCACGAAAGCGUUGUACAGCUACUAUUAGCCAAUGGUGCGGACGUCAACGCCCCAGGUCCUGCGUUUGAUGGAACUGCACUCCAGCUUGCUUCAGAUAGGGGCCACGAAGGGGUCAUGCGGCUACUAUUAGCCAAGGGUGCGCGCGAUAUCAACGCUCAGGGCCAAUACGUAAAUGAAAUCCAGCAGAUUGGUCCAGACUCCGACCUAAACCCAUAA